AAACGAACCCAUGUUUCCUUUUUUCAGUUAUUCUCUCUCUGUUUCCCUUUUCCCUUCCUUCUUCUUCACCUUCUUCUCCUUCUCUCUCCUCCUCCUCUCCCACCCCUGUUUUCCCGCCAGACCCUCACCGGAAUCGUUAACCGACAAAUCAACCGUUUUAACUGCCGAUAACAUCGACGCCACAUGGCAUCAAUUCGAGAAGUUCCUCGACGCUUCAAAUGGCAGCCACGUCACCGGGUUAUCGGAACUGAAGAAGUACUUUAACAGGUUUGGUUAUCUCACCGUACUCGAUACAAACCUCACCGACACGUUCGACGACCGGCUUGAAUCGGCGGUGAUCCGAUACCAAUCGAAACUUGGCCUUCCCGUUACCGGUAAAAUCGACUUGGAUACCCUUUCGGAGAUCAUGUUGCCUAGGUGUGGCAUGAGUGAUACACACGUGUUACACACGACUCGGCACUUCGCGUACUUUCCCGGUGAGCCGAGAUGGAAUCGUCCGAAUCCGAUGAGUCUUAGUUACGCGUUCUCGCCGGAUCAUAUGAUACCAUACUUGGCCACGUCGGAUAUGCGAGCAGUCUUUCAAAGGGCUUUUACACGGUGGGCUGCUGUUAUACCGGUGAGUUUCUAUGAGACGGCAGAUUACGGGUCUGCUGAUAUCAAGAUUGGAUUUUACAGUGGAGAUCAUGGAGAUGGACAGCCGUUCGAUGGAGUUCUUGGUGUGCUCGCACACGCCUUCUCGCCUGAUAGCGGGAGGUUUCACUUAGAUGCAGCGGAGAGGUGGGCGGUUGAUUUUGGAAUGGAGAAAUCAAAGGUAGCCGUUGAUUUGGAAUCUGUUGCGACACAUGAGAUUGGACACGUGUUAGGAUUGGGCCAUUCGUCAGUUAAAGAAGCGAUUAUGUAUCCUAGUUUGAUUCCAAGAACUAAGAAAGUGGAUUUGAAGAUUGAUGACGUGGAGGGAGUACAGGCCUUGUAUGGGUCAAACCCGAAUUUCAGGUUCAGUUCGUUGCUGGCUUCUGAUACUUCAACAAAUCAUGCCGUUGGUUCAAGAAUCCGGACCCCAAAGUGGCUCAGUGCUCUCAUAUUCUUGAUAUUGUGUUUCUGUAUAUAAUUUCUUAUAUUUUUUUAUUUUUUUUCUUCUUAUUUUUUAUACUACCACACUUCCAAAGGAAGUAUUUAACAUUAUAAGAUAUAGGGAAGAAGAAAUUCUUUAAUCA